UCUUUUCUCUCUCUCUCUCUCUCUCUCUCUCUCUCUCUCUCUCUCUCUCUUUUUUUUUUUUUUUUUUUUUUUUUCUCUUUGUAUUGCCUUUCAUGACGUCUUUGCCUAAUGAGUUACUACAAAAUAUUAUUGAUUUGACUGACCAAUCUGACCUGUUACCUUGGCUCUUUGUCUCUAAAUACACCUUUCAACUUGUCCGACAACGUGUGUAUAAAAAAGUCAUUUUUCCAGACAGCCAUGUGAGCACGGAAGCCAUUCUAACAUUUUGUGAGUUGUAUGGACUGUCUCUAGAGACCAUCAAACUCCCUCGUCACCACUAUGUACCCGACACUGUCUAUCAUCAAAUCCUCCAAUGGUGUCCUCGCCUAGACUAUCUCCAAUCCAACCUAUACCCUAAACAGCUACACGGCUGUUUACAACGUAUGCGCCAUUCAACAUGUAUCAUGUCCACCGAUAUUCCCGACGAUGCACUGGACGAAGUGACAGCUUUCCAUUCAAAGAAUCAGACCAUCACGUAUUUUGCUUGUUGUCCUUCCUUUUUUGUGUUUCCCAGUGAAUUAGUGCCUGAAAAGAAUCCCACACUCACCCAAAUAUCGCACUAUUUUCAUCAUCCAGGUGCUCUCAGUAAUGCUAUUUUACCUACGUUUGGAUCGGAUUUGUUAUCGUUGACGUUGAAUGCGUAUGAUGUGUUGACGUCUUCUGUUGCUCGGCUGAUUGUGACUAAAUGUCCUCGAUUAAGGUACCUUGCUGUGCCUUGUGUAAAAGCAGAAGGCUUAUGGAUGUUGUUAAGAUGGUGUCAUACACUAGUAGCUAUUGUAGUGGGUCAUGAUGAUUCUUUGAUCCCUUUUGAAGAAGAAGAAGAAGAGGAGGAAGAGGAAGACCAUCUCUCAAGAAGUAUGCUGACAGAUAUUGAGAACGAAAGAGCAGUGGAAACAGUUAGACAACAUAAAAGAGUCUGGUGUGUGCAUUCAAAUGUGCACGAAGACGAUAACCAAAAAAGAAUGUCGUGGCAUAUCGGCAUCAUCCCUAAAAUCUGAGUUUAUUUUUUUUUCUUUUAUAUAAUUUUAUUUCAUGUGUACAUAUCCAUUUUCAUUGUUCUUUCGCAUUUCUUUCAUAUCUUUAAUAAUAAAAUGGCAACUCUCUUGUUAUUAGGCUUUAUGAUUUCAAAAAGGUAAUUGGGUAGUUGAAAUGUUCAUACUGAUGGUUACACGCAUAAAAGUAUACCACA